CCUCCCUCCCUCCCUCCUUUCCUCAGCGGCUGUUAUUAAACUGCACAUUCACAGUUUGCGUGAAUUUAACUUUCUCUUACUAAACAGGCGAAUAUGCGGACGGGAGAUAAAGUUAUGUUGUAAUGCUGUGACAUCAGAGAUUAGUGUUGAUCGUUUGUUUCGAGCACCGUCACCGGCCGACCUCUGUUGAUGUUACUCAACCGCUUGUGUAACACGUGAGUUGUCGGUUUGUAACGUUGGCUACACUGGAGUAUUGAGCUUGUGGCAAGUAAGCCAUUGUGCUGCGUUCAGUGUAUUUUAUAUAUAUAGAGAUAGAUAUAUGAGAUGCUUUCCAUUGUGAGAACACGGCUGGGCUCGGGUUUGGCCACAUUGCCCAGUUGUUUAAAUUCCAGGGCGGCAAUAAGAGGCACACCUGCCCUCCUCUGCAGACAUCAGCAUCGGACCUUCAGCUCUGAGCCUGCAGGUGUCAAGGUGCUGUAUGAUGGGCUUUGUCCCAUAUGUGUGAAGGAGAUCGGGCUCCUGCAAUUUCUGCAGAGAAACCAGCCUGGGAAAGUAGAUUUUGUCGAUAUCUCACUGCCAGGCUAUGAUGGAGCAAAAUAUAGGGAUGUCAGCUACGAGAUGGCCAUGGAGGAAAUGCAUGUGAUUGAUGAGAAAGACGAGGUUCACCGUGGAAUCCCAGCAUUUGCAGUCAUGUACAGUGCCGUGGGCCUUGGCUGGUUGGGUCGCUUCAUGAUGUGGCCACCUGUGAGACCAUUCAUGGACAAGUGUUAUGCCGUCUUUGCCAAGAACCGCUUAAAGUGGACCGGACGUGGGGAGGAGUGCACCACAGGACGGUGUGAAAAGAAAACACGAUGACUCUUAACCUCAGAAACAAUAAAGUAUGUUUAAUAAGUUAA